AUGCUCAAUUCACGUAUCAUUCUUACUGCCUUUCUCACUAUCGGGACCGUCGUACUCGUUGUCCCUAUUGUCCCUGAUGGUACCGCCGGUGCUGGGACGCCUGAAGGCGGUGAGUAUCGGCCCGGCGGAUCCAGUGAACCUGGUCUCCCUGUUAGAACUAGACAACUCCAUAAUGAUACUACACAAGGACCCCAUCCAUUGAAAAAAACUGGUCUAGCACACGGCUUUGGUCCUUUCAACGUCGUGCUCGUGACACAGGUGAUAGUUCUUACCCGUCGUUUCAAGUUUUCUUGCCAUUAUAUAGCCAAACUCACAUAUUCCGAGCGUAUCAUAUAUCUCCGAAAGCAGUCCUCCCUUCCCGAGAAGUACAAAGAUGCGGCAGCAGCUUUAAUUCCAGUCGGAUCCGGUUCUCCAACGAUGUGA